UGUUUUUGUUUUUAAUUUUGAUUUAAUUUUUUGAUAUUGUCUUUAUUGAGUUAUUUUUAACUUGUGUUAUCUCAUUGGUGUUAAAUUGUAAGCUCGUGUUUGCAGUAGAGUUUCUCUAACAAUUUUGUUUUUCGUAUAAGCAGUUAUUGUUCAUACUUCAUUUGGAAUCACAAUAGACUUUUGAUAAUUUUAACGAUUAAAUGUUUUUGAUUGAUUAAUCGGACGGAAUAUCAGGAUCCAAAGAGGAAAUUAUUGAAUGGAAAAUCAGCGAUGGAUUGAAUCUUUUACCAAAGGAAAUUCAGGAAAUUACAUUUUUGAUCGAAUUAAAAAGCUACCAGGAAACAACAAAAAAAGUGGAUCCAAAGUCAAGAUUAAAAUCUAGCAACAAUAAAUAAUCUGUUGUUAAUAAAGUCUAUCUUUUUUCAAUUAAGUCAACAAUAAUCUGAGAUUAUCAUCUAAUUAAUUAAAAAUAUCAAAUACAAUUAACAAGCCAGUGAAAGAUGUGGUGUAUAAUUGUUAUUAUCAACAACGCAAAAACAACCAAAAGAUGAGCUACCAGAGAAAAAAGCUGAACCUCAUUUUCGUCUGACAUUUUUUCAAUCAACAAAAAGCAGUCGGUUUACUUUCCCUAAUGAGAUUAACUCGAAUAAUAAUGAAAUCUAUUUGCUUAAGCAUAUUUAAUUAAUGUACAAAAAGUGCCACUGGUUAUGGAAAACAAAAAAGACACAAAUUUGAAGACAAAAAGGACCAAAUUUAAGGAUUCCAAUGAUUUAACCAGUUCUUCUUAGCAGCCAUUCUCAACUCUUCCAACUCAACCAGUUUUUGCACGUCCAUUUUGGUCAAUUAUUUUUCUUACAAAGAUGCAAAAGUAGAUUAAUAUUACAUCAUGAAUGGAAAUACAAUAAAGGACAAAAUUGGAAACCAGUAAAGCAGAUUAAAUGAACAAGAGUCUUGUGAGGACCGCCAAAACUUGAAGAAAGUAGAGAUGAGUGCAUUUCAAUGGACUUGACAAAAGGCUUGAUCAUUCAUUCAAAGGAUAACCAACAAAGGAACAUAUUGCCUCUCGUUACAAGCAAGCAAAUAUUAAAGAUAAUCGUUCAAGAUGAAAAAGGUGAAAAUCAAUUGAUUGGAGCAAUUAGUAUUGGUGUAUUAACAUGUCUUAUGGCUGCUUUCAUCACUCCUGGUAACCAACAUUAUCCAGAAUCUGUUAGCAGUAUAUAAUGGCUGGCUCUAGCACACUUCAAGUCUUUACAUCACAAUUUUUUUUCUCAAAAAUUCUAAUGAGAAGGAGAGACAAACAAAAUGCUCUUCUCAUGUUCAAGACUGGAAUACGUUUAAACGUUGAACUAUUCCCUGUUUUCACAGUUUUUUAUGGAAAGAGCCUCACAAAGAGAUGAUGAGAAGAGAGUCUGAAGAUCCUGGAACUAAAUGAAACUUGCUCAGUAAAGUUAUAGGAGCUGAAUAUCCAUGCUGCACAACUGAACUUGUAUAACUUACAGUUGGUUUGAAACAAACUCCUAGUUAACUUGGAUAACUUGAAGAACCUCUUUGAAUAGAGAAACAGCAAGACAAAGGAGAUAAAAAAGACUAAGAUCAUCUGAAAACCAUGAAAGAUUUUGUCUAAUGCUGAUAACAAAUAGUGAUAGUAAUAAUAAUAAUAGUUGCUGUUGUUCAGACUGACCAUUGAUAUCAAUGAUAAACAAUAAUAUAAUAUAAAACCAUGAUUAGGAUGAAGAGGAAAAAGAUGAAGAAAUUAUUAUUACAUUUCUUCAUAAUUCAUCUUGAAAUUUGUUAUUAGCUUCUAACCAAUUUUCUAUCCCUUGGUGUUUGUGUCACUUCAAAUAAUCAUCACCAUUGUCUUCCCUACAAUCAUCAUCAUCACCAUCAUCAUACUCACCAUCCUCAUCAUCUAAGCCACUUUAAUAAAACCAAUUCUUAUUGACAAUAAUCUUUAAUAACUUUUUUUUCUUCUCCUUUUUUUCCUCUUCUUCCCAAGUCUUUAUUUUCCUCAUUGCAACAAAAUUUUUUUACUCUAUGCUGCUGAUCAAUACCAAUAAUGUGAUCCUAUUGUACGGAUAAAUUUACAAUUGUGUUAACAGUCCAACAAUUGUUUACAAUUUUCGGUGAUUUACGGAAGCCAUCAUGAGAUUGACGAGUGAUUUGGAUAAAGUUGUGUACAAUCAUUAGUUUCCAUCUUUGCCAUCGUCUUCGCCAUCCACCACCAAUGUUCAUGUUAAUCUUUUUGGUUACAACAAUUUGGAUAAUUUUAUCUAUUUGCUGUUGUUGUGUCCAACUAACCAAAAUAACCAAGGAAUCGACCAAAAUGGAUCCAUUUUUUAACACCUUUGAUAACCUGCCUCUGUUUAGCAAUGAUUCACUCCUAGAAUCACUCAACACAACCGACCUGGCAAACAGUCUCCUGGCUGGUUGUGAUUAUGUCACUGACACUGCUAACCGUUUAACAGACAACAGUUCAACCCUUCUCACCUCAUCUUCCUCCUCUUUAGUCUCACUUUUUUCAUCCUCUCUAGCCUUGAAUUCACCUUCUUCACCUUACUUUCAAUCUUCUCCUCUUUCCUCUUCUUCCUCUUCCUCGCCUUAUCCAUCUCCUUUAUCCCUUUCCUCUUCAUCAAUUUUAUCAUCAGCCUCAUCAUCAUCAGUCUUGUCUUUAUCUCCAUCAUCUUCAAUCUCUUCAUCUUCCCUUAACUCAGCCAACUCGUAUGAUCCAGCCACGGGAACAGCUUCACCAGCGGUUGUAGCUGCAGCCGCAGGCUUUUCACCAGAAACUUAUUGUAAUAACCUAAAUACCACAUUUUGUAAAGAUCCUUCUUAUUAUGCCAUUUCAUACCGAAUUAUUGGAACCAUUUUUCAGGGUUUUAUUCUCAUUAUUGGUGUUUUGGGUAACAUUAUGGUAGUGAUUGUUGUUGUUAAAACUCGAUCAAUGCGAACACCAACCAAUUGUUAUCUGGUUAGCCUUUCAAUUGCUGAUUUAAUGGUUCUAAUCGCUGCCGUACCCAAUGAGAUAAUUGCUUAUUACGUUCUUGGUGACCAAUGGAUCUGGGGUCGUGUAGGUUGUGCCCUGUUCAUCUUUUUUCAAUACCUUGGUAUCGAUGCCUCUUCCUUAUCCAUAACAGCCUUUACCGUUGAACGUUACAUAGCCAUUUGUCAUCCCAUGAAAGCUCAAAAGGUAUGCACCGUUCACCGAGCCAAACGGAUUAUCCUCAAUGUUUGGAUAUUUGCUUGUCUCUACAAUUCGCCGUGGUUUUUCUUGACCAAAACCGAGCCCAUCUGUUACCGUUCCCUUGAAGAUUCAAACCUGGAAACGUGUACCUUUGCCUGGUCCCGUAAAUACUAUUUGGGCUACUUUUUCUCGGACCUUGUUCUAUUUUAUAUAUUUCCACUUUUACUCUCCUGCGUCCUUUACGGCCUAAUGGCUCGAGUUUUGUUCAACAAUCCUCUCUCCAAAACCAUGGGCGCCUCAACUUCAUCUUCAUCCUCAACAUCAACCAUAAUUACCGGUAUAACAGCCAAAUCAAAUCAAGCCAAUUCAUCUUCAACAUCAAACCAUUCCCACACCAAUAACACUCACCAUCAUCAUCAAUCUUCCCAUUCAACAAGUCAAACCUUGGCUCAAAGCACUCAUUCAAAGAAAAUAUCGUCCCAAUCAAAUGAUUCAUCUCGAGUUCAGGUUGUCAAAAUGUUGGUGGUAAUUGUUGCCGUUUUUGCGACCCUUUGGCUUCCUUAUCGAGCUCUUUUGGUUUACAAUUCAAUGACUGAUGAUCGUUAUAUGGAGCUUUGGUAUUUGAUGUUUUGUAAGACAAUGAUAUUUGUUAAUAGUGCAAUCAAUCCAAUCCUGUAUAAUGCACUUUCCGUCAAAUUCCGGCGAGCCUUUAAACGUAUGCUUUCUUGUGAGACCAGGAAAAGACGACGGCACUUUGAUGUACCUUUAGCUUCGAUUCACGUUUCCCUUGGUAACUCAAUAAGAAACAAUAAUGUACAAAGUAAUACAUUUGCCAUUAAUAAUAUAACCAACAGCAACAACAAUAAUAAUAAUAUAAAUAAUGCCAAUGGUAAUGGGACAAGUAACAACAACAAUGAUAAUGAAAAUGAAACUAAUAAUGUUAAUAAUGUUAAUAAUAGUAAUGUUGAUCACAGUUUUAAUAGUAAUCAUGUUCACUCAGGGAGUAAACAAGGUAAAACCACAACAGCGUCAACAGCUAAUCAAAUCAACUCAUCAAAUGGACCUAAAAUAUUGAGAUUUACAGUUCAACGUUCAUCUGACCAUUGUAAGCAAGCAAUUGAAGCUCUUUGAUGGACACCAACAUUAUUGAUAUACAAAAAGAUGUCUUCGUUUCUUUUUUCAACAUUUUUCUUGUUUCACUCCUUCUUUACCCAUUAUCUUGAUCCAUCAACAAUUACCAGUUCAUUCAUUAAUUUUUUGUCUUCUCUCAUCAUCUUUUCAUUUUCUCAUUAUCAACACAAUUGAAGGUAAUUCAAAGUGAUGAUAAUGAGACAAUGCUUGGAUGAUUGAUGAACUUUUGAUAAUAUUAAUGAUAAAAGAUGGAACAAGGCGAAAAUGAAGGAAAAAACAGGAAAAAAAGACAAUCUUAAGAUUAUUGUAACUCAAGAUUCGUCUUUUCUUCUCUGAGCUACAAAAUUAAAAACACUUAUUACUAUUAUUAUCACUUCUGUUGACGCUAUUGUUGAUGCGCUCAUUGAUGUCCAAAUUAAAUGUAAUUAACUUUUUGAAAAUGAAGUAAAGAUUGUUUGAGAAUUGCA